GAAGAAAGAUGCUACUUGUUUCCCAGCAUUCUUAAAAUUUGACUUGCUUCUCUUAGAAGAAACAUCGCCCAAAUUUCCCCUUUCUAACUGAUUUCCUGUUUUAUGAAAGGUCAAUCUUUUGCAUCAAGUCAAACUGUCUAAUCUAAUAACCCAUCUACCUCAACCUCCUUAACCCUAACUUUCCAAUAUAUAUCCCCAAAUUUCACUCAUUUUCCAUUGCUCCAACAAAACAAAGAUAAAACAAAUAAAAUUUACACGACAAAAUGAUGAUGAAGAGAAGUAGAGAAGGAUCAGAUCUCGACGACAUACAAAGCAUGGCCAAUUGCUUGAUGCUAUUAUCCGGCAGCCGCGGCGGAGGAGAAAUUACAAACCGCAUGUUCGAGUGCAAAACAUGCAACAGGCGGUUUCCGUCGUUCCAGGCGCUCGGCGGCCACCGCGCCAGCCAUAAGAAGCCGAGGCUGGCGGCGGCGGGAGAUGACCAGCUCCUGCGGGAGGCGUCGCCGCCGAAGCCGAAGGCGCACGAAUGCGCCAUUUGCGGCCUGGAGUUCCCGAUCGGGCAAGCGCUCGGCGGUCACAUGAGGCGGCACAGAUCCGCUAACGGUCAGAAACGGCUGCCAUCGCCGGAGCUGUCAUUGUCGCCUCCGCUCGCACCGAUUGUGAAGAAAUCGAAUAGCACAAGGGCUUUGUGUCUGGACUUGAACUUGACGCCCUCCGAAAAUAAGUUUCUGUUUGGCAACGCCGCUCCUGCCGUCGAUUGCUUUUUCUGAUUUUAUUCAUUUGUUUGUAGGACCAAACAGCCCCUAGCUAGCACUCAUGCAUCCAUCAUUCAUCCUUUGUACAGGAUUUUGAAUUUACCACAUAUUUCAGUUUUGAUUAAAAUAUAUGGAGUAUAUUCUUUCAUUCAA